AUGCUCUCGUUUCCUAUGGCGUUGGCCUGGUCUUUAUUCUUGUUUUUUCUUCACCAAACUGUGGCUGUCCUAAAUUCCGACAAGCAAGCCCUCCUUGACUUUGCUUCUGCAGUUCCUCAUAGCCCAAAACUUAACUGGAAAUCUACUGCCCCAAUGUGCACUUCUUGGGUUGGUAUUACUUGUAACACAAAAGGCUCUCGUGUGGUUGCUGUCCACCUCCCUGGUGUUGGACUCUAUGGUCCUAUUCCAGCCAAAACACUUGGGAAACUGGAUGCCCUCACUAUACUCAGUCUUCGGUCCAACUUUCUUAGCGGGAAUCUCCCAUCAGAUUUGCUCUCCCUUCCUUCUCUCCGCUCUGUAUACCUUCAACAUAAUAACUUCUCUGGUACCAUCCCAUCUUCACUUUCUCCCAAGCUUGACUUGCUUGACCUCUCAUUCAAUUCCUUCAAUGGUUCUAUUCCAGCCACCAUACAAAAUUUAACACACCUCGCUAGUUUGAGCCUCCAAAACAAUUUACUCUCAGGAUCCAUACCUGAAUUCAAUAUAUCAGGGCUCACGCAAUUAAAUUUGAGCUACAACCUCUUGAAUGGUUCUAUUCCUGCUGCCCUCCAAAAGUUUCCCACCACCACCUUUGAAGGGAACAAUAUGUUAUGUGGACCACCACUAAACCGGUGUUCUAUAUUUACCCCCGCACCUUCUCCAAGCCCCACUUCCUUACCACCACCUCCAACGGUAACUAAAAGACCAAGUGAUGGCUCCAAGAAAAAACCAAGUAAGGGGUAUGUCAUUGGUAUUGCAGUUGGGAGUUCUGCAUUGCUAUUAUUUCUACUUUUUAUGAUGGUGGUUUGCUGUGUGAAGAAAAAAGGUGGUGGAAGUAAUGGUGUGCUAAAAGGGAAGGGUGGAAGGACUGAGAAGCCUAGGGAAGACUUCGGGAGUGGAGUACAAGAGGCUGAGAAGAACAAGCUGGAUUUACUAAGAGCUUCAGCUGAAGUGCUAGGAAAGGGGAGUUAUGGGACAACCUAUAAGGCCAUCUUGGAGGAGGGUACGAUGGUGGUCGUGAAGAGGUUAAAAGAAGUGGUUGUUGGGAAAAGGGAGUUUGAGCAACAAAUGGAGAUUGUUGGGCGUCUAGCCCAGCACCCAAAUGUCAUGCCUCUUCGUGCUUAUUACUACUCCAAGGACGAGAAACUCUUGGUUUAUGACUAUGCACCAGCUGGUAGCUUUUUCAGAGUGUUGCAUGGAAACAGGGAAAUAGGACGAACUGCUCUAGAUUGGGAAUCCAGACUAAAGAUCUGCCUUGGAACUGCAAGAGGAAUUGCCUAUAUCCAUUCUGCUAGUGGAGGAAAAUUCAUUCAUGGCAAUAUCAAGUCUUCGAAUGUACUCCUGAUGCAGGACCUCCGUGGCUGCAUCUCAGAUUUUGGUUUAACUCCUCUAUUGAGUUACCCUAGUGCUCCAUCUAGAAGUGCAGGUUACCGAGCUCCUGAGGUGAUUGAUAUGCGAAAAUCAACUCAAAAAUCGGAUGUCUAUAGUUUUGGUGUUGUCCUCCUAGAGAUGCUGACAGGAAAAGCACCAGUUCAAUCACCAGGGAAUGAUGAUGUAAUGGAUCUCCCAAGAUGGGUUCAGUCUGUUGUUCGAGAGGAAUGGACUGCAGAAGUGUUUGAUGAGGAGCUAAUGAGAUACCAAAACAUUGAAGAGGAGAUGGUGGAGAUGCUUCAAAUAGCAAUGGCUUGUGUGGCAGUAGUGCCAGACAUGAGGCCUACCAUGGAAGAAGUAGUUAGAAUGAUUGAAGAAGUCCGGCCAUCUGAAUCCGAGCACCGCCCAUCAUCAGAGGAGAAUAAAGGAUCAAAUACUCAAACCCCGUAG